ACUACUCACUUUUGGGGACCAUUCUUUAACUGGGGAAUCGUUAUUGCUGGUGUUAUCGAUCAUGAUCGUCCACCAGAAAAGGUCUCUGGACCAAUGACCUUUGCCUUACUUUGUUACAGUGGUAUCUUUAUGAGAUUUGCUUGGGUUAUCAUUCCAAGAAAUUUACUCAUGCUUUCAAUGCACGUUGCUAACUCUGGUGUUCAAGGAUAUCACUUGACUAGAAAGAUUAACUAUGAAUUGAAUAAACCAAAGGAGGUUCCUUUGGCAUCUGUACAAAAAGAAAACUAA